AUGGUCAUUCGAGCAGGAACGAGACAGAUGUCUCAUGCAUCGCCGGGGAGGAUCUCACUCGGACGGUACGGUAAAGGUGUAUUUCUGGCUGCUGGGGCAGCAGCUGUCACUGGUGUUCUGACGGCAGGUGUAAGUCACUUUCAGCGGGCCGAAAUGGCAACGAAGGUAUCCACGGUUGAAGAAGAAGAGGAGGACAUACGGGAGAGAUGCAAGUCGUUCAUGUCUCUACCAGUCACUGACAUCAGGGUCUUGGAGCAGAGGAAAGACGCGAUGUCUACGAGAAUGGAGAUGCUCAUCAUGGAGACACAGGCUGCAUUCUGUAAAGCCCUUGAGGAGGUGGAUGGAGGCACGUUCAAGGUGGACAGAUGGAGUAGAAAGGAAGGUGGUGGUGGCAUCAGCUGUGUGAUGCAAGAUGGGAAGGUUUUCGAGAAAGCGGGUGUGAACGUGUCCGUGGUGUUUGGGAACCUCACUGAAGAGGCCGCCAAGCAAAUGCGCAGCCGUGGAAAAGUUCUGAAAGGGAAAGAUGUUUGA